AACGCUCCCGUGUGUUACAGAGCAUGCAGGCAGAGACGCGGUGCUGCACCGACACAAAGGAGUGAGAGAGAGAGGGAGGGUAGACUGGAAGUAUCCACAGAUUUUCAGAAAGUAAAACGCCUGUGUUGGAUAUCACACGUACUAAACAUACUCGCAAACUGCGUGCGCAUUAGCAUGAGUUUGGCACUUCUCCUGGAUUAACUGGACUUGCAGCCUGCUUGCAAAAAGCAAGUUCGCUCUGACUUUGGAGGACAAAACGCGCACAGAAAACAACGAUGGAUAGGAGCAUCCCGGGAUGGUGCGUGCUGUUAACCCUGGUUCUGCACGGAACGCGCUGCUUGGCUGCCAAAGAGCUCCAGUGCCAGGAGAUCUCCGUACCUCUGUGCAAAGGCAUCGGCUACAACUACACCUACAUGCCCAACCAGUUCAAACACGACACGCAGGACGAAGCCGGCCUGGAAGUGCACCAGUUCUGGCCGCUGGUGGAAAUAAAGUGUUCCCCCGACUUGCGCUUCUUCCUCUGCAGUAUGUACACACCGAUCUGCCUUGAAGACUACAAGAAGCCGCUGCCACCGUGCAGGAGUGUGUGUGAGCGGGCCAAAGCUGGAUGUGCGCCGCUCAUGAGACAGUACGGCUUCCCGUGGCCAGACCGGAUGAGAUGCGACCUGCUGCCCGAACAAGGCAACCAGGACACGCUGUGCAUGGACUACAACCGCAGCCAGACCACCACUGUCUCUCCUGUGGUGGCGAAGCCAACCAACCGACCCUUAAAGCCGUACAACACCAAGAAGAAGAGCGGCUAUGGUCGUGGGAUCCCCGGUAAGCACAAACCAGCAGCGUCUACGUGUGAAACGGGAUGCUUCUGCCGUGCGCCCAUGGUGCCCGUUACCAGCGACAGCCACCCUCUGCACAACCGCGUCAAAACUGGACAGAUCUUGAACUGUGCCAUUCCGUGCCACAACCCUUACUUUACACCAGAAGAGAGGACUUUUACUGCCUUUUGGAUCGGCCUGUGGUCGGUUCUGUGUUUCAUCUCCACUUUUGCAACUGUGGCGACCUUUUUAAUUGAUAUGGAGAGGUUUAAGUACCCGGAGCGCCCCAUCAUAUUCCUCUCCGCCUGCUACAUGUUCGUGUCAGUUGGAUAUAUUGUCAGACUGAUCGCUGGACACGAAGAAGUGGCCUGCAAUAGAGAAAACGGCGGAGAAUACAUUCACUAUGAAACCACUGGUCCUGCUCUUUGUACCAUCGUUUUUCUGCUGAUCUACUUCUUUGGCAUGGCCAGCUCGAUCUGGUGGGUGAUUCUGUCCCUCACUUGGUUUCUCGCUGCAGGUAUGAAGUGGGGUAACGAGGCAAUAGCCAGUUACUCACAGUACUUUCAUUUAGCCGCCUGGCUCAUUCCCAGCAUGAAGUCCAUCGCGGUUCUGGCUCUGAGCUCAGUGGACGGGGACUCCGUAGCCGGGAUUUGCUAUGUAGGCAACCAGAAUUUGGACAACUUGCGGGGCUUUGUGUUGGCACCGCUGGUUAUCUACCUGUUCAUCGGUACCAUGUUUCUGCUGGCCGGCUUCGUCUCGCUGUUCAGGAUCAGGAGUGUUAUCAAACAAGGAGGCACAAAAACUGAUAAACUGGAGAGGCUGAUGAUCAGGAUAGGAGUUUUCACUGUUUUAUAUACAGUCCCGGCCACUGUCAUAGUGGCGUGUUACUUUUACGAGCAGCAUAACAGGCAGACGUGGGAAAUUACGCACAACUGUACGUGCAUGACGGACCCGAACAGGCAGAGGCCAGACUAUGCUGUGUUUAUGCUGAAAUACUUCAUGUGCCUCCUGGUGGGUAUCACGUCGGGAGCUUGGAUCUGGUCCGGGAAGACCUUGGACUCCUGGAGGACUUUUUGCACGCGGUGCUGCUGGGGUAGUAAAGCCUCAGCGGGCUCCAUGUACAGUGACGUGAGCACUGGACUGACCUGGAGGUCUGGGACGGCCAGUUCCGUCUCCUGCCCCAAACAGAUGCCACUUUCCCGGGUUUGAUCAGGUGGAUUGGACGCCCAGUUGCCCAAUCUCAUGUCAUUUGACACUAAAGACUUAAAACCAGCUUUCUGGGGGCAAUGUGUCAUAGAGAAUGAUUUUUGUUUUGUUUUUAAUGGGUAAAUUAUUAAACGUCAGUCCCCAAACUGCUAGUUAAAGUCAAACUUUGUUCCUGAGCACUCCCCUAAUGUGAAAGUUUAAUGGAUUUAUGCUCCGGUUUGCUUAUAAAACUUAGAUCAGUUUGACUUAUGGAAAGUGCUCUUCCCUUGCCUUCUUCCAGUGACGUCCAGGGGUUUUGAAUAGAGGGUUUGAGAGGGGGAGGGGUGACUAAUUGUGUUGGGAUUGUCCAUCAGCGUGUUGUAAUUAGCACAUUAAUGAGCGCCUAAUGGCUUCUCUUUAAAUAAUGAGACUGUCAGCAGCAGAACAAUGUACCUGGCACGAAGAAUGCAGAGUCUUAUCUGAGCUUAAUUGAAUGCACACAGCUGACAAGAUCCCCCUUGUCGAUAGGUUAUAUGGUAUAUCUGAGUAUCUCCUUAUUCUCACUGCAAAGAGCCGCUGUGUCUUAAACACAAUAUUCACAAUGAGACUGUUCUGCUAGAAAUGAGGCCAUUGCUGGGCUGUUUUGUCUACAAGAUGGAUUUAUGCGUACAUUAAUCAAUGCCUUAAUACUGCCUCGUACGGGUUGCAUUUGCGCAUAAAGUGUAUUUAUAUAAUUAUUGGUGUACAUACAUUGUACAUUUGUACAUUGAAUUUUACGAGACUGUAAAUAUAUAUAAUUUCCAUUUUGAUAGAAGAUUUUAUUUUGAGAAUAAAACAACUUUUAUUGAACGUUUACUCAUGUUUCCUGGUUAUUCUCAAUACUUGUUUCUCCUGGAAUCUGACACUGUCAAACUGUGUAUUUCUUAGUUUUUGUUUUUAAGUUGUUGAUGCAAUUCAUGCCUUGAAGCAGCAUCUCAGUAUUCAGACUAAAGAGCAGAGUGCGCAAGGUGCUAAAGUCUCAGCAUCUCUGUGCGCAAUGGCUGAGCUAUGACAGCUGUAGUUUCAUUUAUAUUUAACUAAAACAUGUAAAUUGCUUUUGUAGUCACGUGGGAUAAGCUCUAUUAAGCGUCCCUGGUGCUGCAGAUUUACAUGCUGUGAGACGAGGAGAACAAUAUCGGCACGGCAAUGGUGAAACUACAGGUGGUCUUCUUAGUUUAAAGCCCCCCUGCGCUUAAGAUUUGUUAUUAACUCUUGACUUCUGUUCUCUGUCGAGCUUAAUGUCUCACAUUUUACUUUAUCCCACAUAGAUCGCCCAGUUUUCAGUUAUUCGUUUUUGGAACAGCGGUAGUGGAAGAGGGACAUUUGUUAUUCCCGGUGUUAUUUUUGGUUUGGCCAUCAGAAGUUAAAGAAGAAACCGUCUGUUAAGCCAGGACAAAAAAUGCUUAUUAUAAGAGGUUUAAGCUGAAGGCUCACAUAACUCUUAAUAAGAUGGAUCAUUUACAAAUGUGAUGACCGAGGCUUCUAAUUAAGACGUCAGAGAGGAGAGACAGAUUUGAAACUCUCUCCAUCGUGAUCACGUCUCUGCAGUGUGUGGUCCGCUUAUCCUGUUGAACAUCAUCACCCCAUUGUGGUUCUAUUUGUGUCCAUAAUUUGGAAAAGGAAAAAAAUGAUUCCUGUUCUCCAGCAUGAUAAAUCCACACGCUAUUCAUAAACUCAACUGUUACAGCAAAACCUUAUGUGUUCAAAAUUUGGGGGAAAAUUGUACUUCGCUAAGAACGAGGGAAACGAUAAUAAAAUGCCGCCAUCUUCUGGUCAAAUUAUUAAAAGCUGUCAGCCAUCAGUGACUCACAAAGGACAAAACUAACAGUAGCAGCUACAAAUUAGUUUAAUUUAACAUAAAGCCUGAAAAACCUUCGUUUAAUCUGAGAGUAUGAAGAUAUGGCUCAACUCUUAUGUAAGAUAAUGCCUCUAAAAACAAUCUGUCAUCUUAAUGAAGAUCCUUUCAAAAAUUUCCAUUUCCUUUUUCCCCAAACACUCCCAGUUAAAGCUGUAAAGUUUCCAUACAUCACAAAUCAUAUGGAAAAUUAAAUUAAAUACAUAUUUUACGAAUUUUCAAAUCAAAAAUAAGGAGAACAGUUGUCUUCACC